CGCCGGAAGUUGACGGCGUCGCUUAGCAACGGGGCAUGGCGGAGCCGGGCGGCGGCGCUGGCGGGUCUCACCCGGAAGGAGACUGGACUUCUGACGGAGAGGAGGACCAGAAUAAGGAAAGCGACCAGGUGUCAACAACAGAGAAGAGCAGUGACCAGAAAAAUGAAGGAGCUGUUGAUGCUACAGAGCAUUCUGAGAGGGAGGUCACAACCGGUGGGGAAGCAGGAAACAAUGGGGAAACCGGAAACAAAGAGGAAGUUGGAAAUAACGAGGAAGGUGGAAAUGAUGAGGAAACCGGAAAUGAUGAGGAAGUUGGAAAUGACGAGGAAGGUGGAAAUGAUGAGGAAGGUGGAAACGAUGAGGAAGAUGGAAACGAUGAGGAAACUGGAAAUGAGGAAAUAGAAACGGAAGAGGAAUUGGACUUUGAAGAAGAAUUGGAAUCUGAUAUGGAAACCAUGUCCUCUGAAGGGAAAGUCAGUUCUACAGAUCUGACUUCUUCAGACAGCAAUCCUAAGGAGGUGCUUGGAGAGGAAGACGGCCCCGCACACCCAUAUGAAAGAGCUAGUCUUCAGGACAGGGAGUCCCUCCGUCCAACAGAAUCCAGAGAUGUGGAGGUCAUCCCCACAGAGCCACCCGGGCAGGUCUUAGGCUCAUCCAAGCACAUGGACCAGGAUGCUUCCCGAGGCAGGAAAACACCCCCUGAAGAGCUCCAGCAGGCGGCUUCUCUGAGGGCACACCACCGCCUCCAACUGAGUCCCGGGGACAGCAGGACGUCCUUUGUUGCGCUGCUCCCGAGCACGGAGGAGCCCUUCGCACAGGAGCCAGAGCAGCCCGACGCCCGCCCCCGGGAAGGGUCCCUGCUCUCCUUCCUGGACAGGAUCCAACAGCUCAGCACCACGGAGGAAAGCGUCGCAGAGAGAGUGGACUCCGAGGGGAGUGACGAGGCGGAAGACGACGAGUCCCAGCUGGUGGUCUUGGACCCAGGCCACCCCCUGAUGCUCAGGUUCCAGGCCGCCCUGAAGAACUAUCUCAACCGACAGAUAGACAAGCUGACGCUGGACCUUCGGGAGCUGGAGGUGUCCACCAAGCAAGUCCGAGUCCAGCGGCAGGAGCUGGGGGUGGGUCUCUACGGGGUCCAGCAGCACCUGGUCCGCCUGCAGAUGCAGCUGGAGAAGAACCAGGACUGCCAUUCAAUCAUCGCGUGCGCGCGGCGGCAGAAGGAGCAGGAACUGCAGGGCGUGCGCUGCCUCUACACCAGGACCUGCGAGGCUGCCCACGAGGAGCGCAAGAAACUGGCCGCUCUGCAGGCGGAGAUGGAGAAGCUGGCUCUGCAUGUCUUCUACAUGCAGAACAUAGAGGAGGACGUGCAAGGCGACAUCCGCGUGAUGAAGCAGGUCGUGAAGAAGUCGGAAGUGGAGCGGUCGCGGGCGGAGGUGGAGAAGAAGAAACAGGACCUGCACGUGGACCAGCUCGCCACCCGAGCCAACCAGCUGGAAGAACAAAUCGCCCUGUUUGAGGCUCAGUCUUGUGCCCAGGCCGAGGACACCCGGAUUCUCAGGAAAGCCGUGAGCGAGGCCUACAUGGAAAUAGACACCAUCAAUGUGGAGAAGACGCAUAUCCUGCAGCAGUGGGCCGUCAGCCUGGUGGGCAUGAAACAUCGUGACGAGGCUUACAGGACCAUCCAGGAGGCACUCCGCGAAUGCCAGCAUCAGCUCAAGUCUAUCGAUGGGGAGGUCGAAGCCUAUAAGAAAUCCAUCAUGAAGGAGGAAGAAAAGAACGAGAAGCUGGCGCGCAUCCUGAACCGGGCGGAGACGGAAGCCAGCCUGAUGCAGAAGCUGACCGCACAGUGUCUGGGCAAGGAGGAGGCCCUGCAGAGUGAGUUCAACACGUACAGGCUCUCGCUGCAGGACACGGAGGACGCGCUGGGCAAGACCUACGUGGAAUACACGACGACCAUGGGCGAAUUGCAGACCGUCUACCAGACCAUCCAGCAAGAGCUGGACGUGAGGAGGAAGCUGGACGUCUCCAUCGUGGAGAAGCUGCAGGAGCACAUGACCUCCAACAAGAUGACCAAGUACUUCCACCAGCUCAUCGUGAAGCGCCAAAAGGAGAAGACCAGCCUGGUGACGCAUCUCUCCAAAAUCAACGGGGACAUCGCUCAGACCACCCUGGACAUCACGAACACCGCCUGCAGGCUGGACAUGCAUCAGAAGACGCUGGCCGAGCUGGACAAGGAAGUGCAAAAGGUCAACGACCUCAUCACCAGCAGCGAAAAUGAGAUCUCCAGGCGCACGGUCCUGAUUGAGAGAAAGCAAGGCCUCAUCAACUUCUUCAAUAAGCAGCUGGAGCAGAUGCUUUCUGAGCUGGGGGGGGAAGAGUUGGGGCCCCUGGAGCUUGAAAUCAAGAGGCUGAGCAAGCAGAUAGACGAGCACAGCACCAGCGCGACGAAGGCCCAGGUGAGCUGGCUCCGCCUGCAGCAGGAGAUGGUGCAGGCCACGCGGCAGCGUGAAGAGCAGCUGGCCUCCACGCACAUGUUCAAGAAGGAGGUGCACAUCCUGGAGCAGAAGAAGCUGCGGAUAGAGAAGAAGGUCGAUCAGGAGAGGAAGGAGCGGACGGACAUUGAGCGUCACAUGAAGGACCUGGACAAGGACCUGAAGAAGCUCAACGUGCUGCUGAGCAAGAACCGCAGCAGCUCCGAGGACCUGCAGCAGGACAACCUGGUGACCGAGAAUGAGUUCGUGCGCUCGCUCAAGGCCUCCGAGAGGGAGACCAUCGAGAUGCAGGAGAAGCUGGAACAGCUGACCGAGGAGAAGGCAUCCGUCCUCAACAGCCUGGUGGAGGCGGAACACCAGAUCAUGCUUUGGGAGAAAAAAAUCCAACUGGCCAAAGAGAUGCGCGCCUCAGUGGAUUCCGACCCCGGCCAGACGGAGAUCCAAGCCAUGAAGACCGAGAUCCACAGGAUGAAGGUCAAGCACGGGCAGCUGCUGAAGCAGCAGGAGAAGCUGAUCCGAGACAUGGAGCUGGCCGUCGCCCGCAGGGAGACCAUCUCGACCCGGGUCGAGGGCCAGAGCAAGAUGGACAAGAAGCUGCUCACCCGGACAGACUUCCACCACAAGCAGACAGAGCUUCGGCGAAAGAUCAGCGACCUCCACAAGGCCACGGAGGACAGCAGCAACACCAUCUUGGAACUGGAAGAAACUCAAAAACACAUGAGUGAGUCCCUCCUGGAGAAGCAGGCACAGCUGUCAGCCAUGCAGUCCCACACCGAGGCGCUCGAGGCCGACGUGGACCAGCUGGUGGUCCUCAAGCGACAGAAACUCGCUGAGCUGGUGGCCCUGCAGACGCGCCUGAAGCACCUGCAGGCUGUGAAGGACGGCAGGUACGUGUUUCUGUUCCGCUCCAAGCAGUCGCUGCUGGCAGAGCGCAGGCGCCUGGAUGACCGGCUGGCCGCCAUCAGCACCAUCCUGGACCAUGUGAAGGAUGAGUACCCCCAGUUCCAGGAGGCCCUGCUCAAGGUCAGAGAGACGAUCGCCAACAAGCUGGAGUCGCCCAGGCCCUACUAGAGAACGCCCGGACCGCGACUGCCCAGGCUGGCCGCUGUGGAAGAGACCAGGGUUCUGAGUGUUACCAGGGACUUAGGAUCUUGUGUCCCUGAAAGCCACGUCCACCCUCACAGAAUGGCACUGCUUAGGAGAAAUAGACAGGUCAGCACUGUAGGAAUUUUUUAAAGCCAUGCAGCUGUUUAAACCAAGUCAAAUCCUAGAGUUUCCAGUUGCAUCUAAGCAGGUCUUACAUUUGCAAAUCCGUGCUCUCAUGGUGGCUGGGUUGGUGGAGGCUCCUGUUUCUGCACGUGAGAGCGCUCUGGAGGGAGCUGGGCUUCCUCCUGACGGUGUCUGGUAUCAUUUCAGUCUUGUGGGUGAGUAAAGAAAAAGGGACCCACAGAAAGCAGGGGUACGAUGGCCCUCAGGCCUCAGCACCUCGGUGCGUCUGAAAACCCACAGCCCACCUUCCCCCCGCAGCUUUCCCUGUUCCCACCCCGGGAAACCCGAGUCCCUUCUCCUGCCCCCACUGCCAGCCUGGGCUGAAUCCAGCUUCCCAGCUCAAACGUGCAGGAGAACAACCCACAGGCUGUGCUUACAGAGACCGAACAACUGAAGUAAGACCGAGCCCGUGGGUAAAUUCUGAGACCACGUCCCCUGUCUGCCCACUUGUCCCACCUUCACUGUCACCAGAGUGUCCCCUCACCCCCGAUUCCUGUGGCACCUGUUACUGUGUGGCUUCUCUGCAGGGUAAAGGGACAAUGUUCAACAAAACAAUUUCACUUGCAAACUUUUCAGCAGGAAAAUAAAACUUUGUUUUUUCUCAA